AACCAUGUCUUCCUCUCCCUGCUUCUGCUUUCUGUGAGCGCUAAUGGCUUCGACUUCUCCGGAUCUACUCUUCGGCCUUCGCAAUAACUUCCACAUUGGUGCUUACCAGGCGGCGAUCAAUAACAGCGACAUUCCUCAUCUCUCCACUGACGAGGCGAUCGAGCGGGAUUCCCUCGUCUACCGUUCCUACAUCGCGCUCGGCUCCUACCAGCUGGUAAUUGAUGAGGUCGAUUCUUCUGCGCCGACCGCGCUGCAAGCCGUCAAGUUGCUCGCUAUCUAUUUAUCCGGCAACAAGGAUUCUGCAAUUUCAAGUCUCCGUGACUGGUUAAGUGAUGCGGCAAUAGGAAAUAAUCCAGUUCUUCGCUUAGUUGCUGGGAUCAUAUACAUGCAUGAACUAGACUACCAUGAGGCACUUAAACAUACGAACGCCGGAGGAACUAUGGAAUUGCUUGCUUUGAAUGUUCAGAUAUAUAUCAAGAUGCACCGGUCAGACUAUGCAGAGAAACAACUAAAGCUCAUGCAGCAAAUUGAUGAAGACCAUACGUUAACACAAUUGGCUAAUGCGUGGUUUAAUCUCGCAGUCGGUGGUUCUAAAAUUCAGGAAGGUUAUCUUAUCUACCAAGAUUUUUCUGAGAAGUAUCAAACGACUGGGAUGAUUCUUAAUGGAAAGGCCGUAUGUUGCAUGCACAUGGGACGCUUUGAUGAAGCUGAGACUCUGUUGCUUGAAGCACUAAACAAGGAUGCAAAAGAUGCGGAGACUCUUGCCAACCUUGUUGUUUGCAGCCUUCAUGUAGGAAAAUCUGCAUCACGGUACCUUAGUCAGUUGAAGCUCUCUCAUCCUAAUCACGAGCUAGUCAAACGGAUAUCUUCAGCAGAGGAGAGUUUUGAUAGGGCUGUUCAGGCCGUUGCUUAGAAUUUUCGAGUUUUGAGUUAUCAAACAAGUAAAUAACUCUUAUUUUCAUUCUUCUUAUAAGAAGGAUCUACUGGGUUUGAUAUUUUUGUCGCGGUCUCAUACCGAAAGAUAUUCAGUUUUUGCAAUGAGGUUAUGAGCCCCUAUACCGUCCCUUGUAUUGUGAUUAAAUAUUGCAAAUUUUAAGACUAAAGCCUUCGAUGUCUAGCCUUAAUUCAUGGAUGCAUAAGAAACAGACUAACUGCAACAAUGUUUUGUUGCCUUUGGCUAAAUAAGGGUCUGUUUGAGAUA